UCUGUCAUACAGGUUUGAGGUUAUGUCGUGUUAUUGUGUUCAUAGAAAAAUAAAGUGUUGCUAAACAAAAGUCCUAUAUUUUCUGCAACUGGUGCUCUAUUUAAUUUUAAAAUAUGGCUCGUAAUGCUGAAAAAGCAAUGACAACUUUAGCUCGUUGGAGAGCAGCCCAACUAGGAGAAGCAGAUAAACAUAAAAAGCGCCGACCAUAUUUGGCUUCUGAAUGCAAAAGCUUACACGCCUGUGAAAAAUGGAGAAUGCAAAUUAUAAGGGAGAUAGCAAAAAAAGUGGCACAAAUACAAAACGCUGGUUUAGGAGAAUUCAGAAUUAGGGAUUUAAAUGAUGAAAUUAAUAAAUUGCUUAGGGAAAAGAGACAUUGGGAAGAUCAAAUCAAAGAACUGGGAGGUCCAGAUUAUCAAAGAGUUGGACCUAGGAUGUUGGAUCAUGAAGGAAAAGAGGUGCCAGGAAAUAGAGGUUAUAAAUAUUUUGGAGCUGCUAAAGAAUUGCCAGGUGUAAGAGAGCUUUUUGAGCAAGAACCACCCCCUCCUCCCAGAAAGAGCAGAGCUGAACUGAUGAAAGACAUAGACGCCGAUUACUAUGGGUACAUGGACGAUGAUGACGGCAUUCUUAUUCCGCUGGAAGUAAAAGCUGAAAAAAUAGCUAUUCAAACUUCUAUCACUGAAUGGGUAAAUAAUAAAGAGAAGAAUUUGGGAGAUAAUGAGGAAGUGGAAGAAAAUAUUUAUGCUGUAGAAGGUUCGGAGGAUGAAGAGGAAACAGUUCAACAAAUUGACGGAUCCCAACAAAGAUUCGUCGCGCACGUACCGGUCCCAUCGCAGCAAGACAUAGAACAAGCUUUACUGAGACGACGUAAACAAGAGUUGAUGGAAAAGUAUGGCGUACAAGAAGAUCCGGUUUCCUGAUAGUUGUAAUUUUAUUUUAAAU